UGUUUUGUUGAAAAUCAUUUAGUUGAGGUCAUGUCAGUUGUCACUUGUCAGUGUGGUCACUGGUCAGACUGCAUUAUUAUGUGUUCAAUGGCCACUAAAGUAAAGACAAAUAUUACUGUUGCUGUUUCUAGGGUGAAAAUAGAGAUUUGGAGUAACAUGUGCAUAGCCACAGGACAUUGUAAAUAAGUUUGCAGCUUGUAAAUAACUUCAUGGCCAAGAAAUGAAAUUCAUGGCUCAAAGAAAUUAAAUCACAGCUGGCAAAUCUAUACAAAAACGGCUAGAAAAAAUCCAGUUGCCGCUCACCCAGUAGAUAUAUUUCAUGCCUGUUAGUCUCUCUGCAUAACUCUCUUGGUGUCAAGUCUCUCUGACUUGACACCAAGACUAAGUGUUCUGGCCAUCUCAAGGCAAUCUAACAGUUGACCAAACUGGUAUUCUUUAUUUGAAUUUUUUCCUUUCAUUUGUGUUUAAAUAUUUCUGAAUGGAAUGAGAAUAACUACCACUAAUUGAGGUGUGGCACUUGUUGCUCCCACUCGACUCGAGUGGUUGAUGCUCCCAGACUGCCCAGGUUGUGUAAGGUGCUACUUUCAGAAUGACCAUCUAUAAUAUGUACAUGUUUGACCGCAAUGGAACAUUGCUUCAUUAUGCUGAGUGGCACCGCAAUAAAGAAGCUGGAAUGUCACGCACGGAGGAGGCCAAGCUCAUGUACGGCAUGAUUUUUUCCCUCAAGUCAUUCGUGUCUAAGGUUUCUCCCCUUGACAUCAAGGAUGGUUAUCUGCACUACAGCACCAACAAGUACAGAUUGCACUUGUAUGAGACACCAUCCAGGUUACGAAUUGUGCUAAACACUGACCUGCUAGUACAGAAUGUCAAAGAACUUCUGCACCUCAUAUUCUCUCAGGUGUACGUGGAGUACGUAGUGCACAACCCUGAGUGUGCCCUGGGGCAGCCCAUACAAAGUCAGCUGUUUGCAACGCGCCUAGACGAGAUCGUGAAGCAACAUCCUGGAUUUGCAGUGCGCAGUGUGUAAAGUUGCAGUGCGCCGUGUGUAAAGUUGCAGUGUAUACUGUAUAGUCAUCACAGCAAUCGGAUUCGACAGUUUUGGCAAGUAUUCAUACUUUUUCAUUGUACUCUUUGAUGAGCAAAUUGUUCAGACAUGAUCUUUAAAGAAUUCCUUGGUAAGUACCUUCAUCUGACGUAAAUAUUUGGAAACUAAUAUGGUCGAACAUUUAAUUAUGACACUGAAAUUGGAAUAGUCUGAAUAUAGUGUUGGAAUAGUGAAUAUAGUGUAUAGUGACUGAAUAGUGUCUGAAUAUGACACUAUUAUUCUUUAAUAUCUAUUGUCAACUUUUCUUCUGUCAAACAUCGCAUGAGUUCAACAUUUUCUGGGAUUAUUACUUAAUUCUUUUAGUUAAUCAGUAGAUCUAUCGUUCCGUUUCUUAGCCUUAUUUAUUUAUUCUUUCUCCCAGCCUUUAUUGGUCAGGGUUAAUUUCUACACGGCUUUGAAUUUACCCGAUCAUAAUCUGCUGUGGAAUGCUCCUUUAGUACGGGAAUACAAAUAAUGUCAGCUAGUUUAAUGAGUGAAUAGCGACAAAACAAAGGCUGUUUUACCUACUUUGUGUUGGUAUGCGGACCACUGCGCAUGCUCGUGCCGAUCUCAUUGCUUGAUAGGAUGUAAUGUUAUCUUCCAUGAGGUCACCACAGCUUAGCUACGUAUCAUUUCUUCUUAUGUUCUGAUUGGCCGUUUUUCUUUGAUACGAGGUACUAUUCCAGAGUUAAACAUGCGAACUGGUACUCAUAUAUAAAUAUGGAAUUUAUUUAUAAGUGAUGUGCGUGAAUCCUUUAUUGUUAGAACAUGAUGAUUACUGACUAGCUAGAGAAGACGUCGGAUGUUUUUUGCUUCGAAUCGACCAAGUAAUAGUUGCCAACCUGUAAAAAUUUGUCACCCAAUUCAACAACACUUCAACACUCCUUGGAUAUCACCCAUUCCAUUUGUUUUAUGCUCUAUUGAAUAUAUGAAGCUUUUGCAUGGUGAUUCACUCCUUAUUGUAUAUUCCAUAGUAUUAUCAAUAGAACAAUAGAUACUGUACGUGGUAUUUCAAAUGACUUGCAUGUGCACUCUAAAUCUGCCUUAAAUUACAGUUCUUUAGUAUCAUAGGACUGACAUUGUAAAGGGUUCUUUUGUUUGUCGUAGUCCUAAUUGAUAUUUCAUGUAACGAGUUGUUUGUUUUUGUACAGUUUCUACUGGGAAUUGUUUCUUUAACAGUUAAGUUGACAUAUUGCGAACAAAAACUACAUGGAAGGCUACGCUGCUCGUGUUUUAAUUGAGAAACCUAUUGCCUAUUGACAACGUAUUGUAUUUUAUUAACUAGAAAACGUGUUGA